AUGAACAAAGUUAUAUUAUAUGCAGAUUUAAUAAGCCAACCUAGUAGAGCAAUAUUAUUUUUCCUUAUAAAAAACAAUAUUAACCAUGAGGUUAAAUUAGUAUCCAUUGCCAAAAUGCAACAAACAACUGAUGACUAUGCCAAAAUAAAUCCAUUCAAGAAAUUACCAGCAAUCGAACAUGGUGGUAGAGUAUUUAUCGAAUCACACAAUAUACUAAGAUAUCUCAGUCAAGAAUUUAAAAUUGAUUCAAUGUAUGGUCCAACUUUAAUAGAUAAAUGUAAUAUUGACACCUACUUGGAUUGGCACCAUCUUGGUCUAAGAAGAUAUGCAAGUACACUUUUCUUUCAAAAAUUUGUAUUACCAAACUUUGGCAAGCAAUCCAACGAGUCCUUUAUAAAAGAUUCAGAAUACAAUUUACCAAAAUCAUUAAAACAAAUUGAAGAUAUAUUUUUAAAAAAUGGUCAAAAUAAAUUUUUAAUUGGAAAUAAUCUAACCAUUGCCGAUUUUUCAUGUUAUGCAGAAAUUAAACAAUUAGAAAUGAUAAAAUACGAUUUUUCAAAAUUCAAAAUAUUAAACGAUUGGAUGAAAAGAGUAGAAGAACUUGAUGGUUGUUUACAAUCAAAUAAAAUUUUAAAUAGAAUCGUUUCAAAAUUAUAG